AUGGCUUUCACUCCGUCCGUUCGCCGCUCUGCGGCCGUUUCUCCCAAGUUCUACGCAACCCCCAACUUCCAUGGCAUUAGCACCACGAGCGCUCUCAGAUACGGUUCCGUUCUGAGUGGCUUCGGUGUUGCCGCUGGUGUCUUUGCGCUCUUCUUCUUUGGCGAUGUCCCCCGCGUCCGGGUGGAUAUCCUCCAGCGCAUCCCUGUUGUCGGAGGCUACUGGAAGAGAGAGAUUGCUCCUGAGGACAAUCCCUUCUAA